AGUUGUUUACGGUCCGAGGGGGGGUAAUCAGGACGGGAAGCUGUGGUCAGAGCACUGGAUUGAGGGCGAUUAUGUGAAAGUGUCGGGCGAGAGAGUGAAAGCAUCAUCUGCCGCCGUGACUCCUGGCGGACAGCCUCCUCCCACGCGAAGGCGCAGAGGUCGCGGGGAAGAAACCCACCGCUCCACGCGGCCCUCGGACGGCAUCAGCGCAGCCUCGGACGACCCCGCUCAGGCCGCUUCCACGGCAAACGACCCGACGAAGGGAAAUAAUGAGUGAAAACAUCUGGGUGCGGCACAGUUUAGAGGAAAAGGCUUCGCUCUGCCGGAGGUCGUGCGCGUUUUUCCUUUUUGUAUUUCCUUGCUGAAUGUCGUGGACAUUUUGGAUUUUUUUAAUGCUCCGCGUCAAUAUAUCUUAUCGGUUGAGACCUGUUCUCCUUUAGUCGUCGCCUCUGGGGGGUUUCCUAUCGGAGAGACAAACUGUUUUGAUUGUGGGAACAACGGGACGGCCGCGUUGAACAACUUGAGGACGCCUUGCUGCGGGGAAUGCGCGAACUGGGCCAGCUUCGAGUCGCUCUUUAAGUGGGCAACGCUAGCUAGCGGCUAACUAGCAAACCUCAAAUUAACUACUUGCUAAUGCCGACUUCUCGAGACCUCUUUCGGAUUGUAGCACCCUCCCCGUAACCUGGACGCAAUUUAAUGAGCAGCUGACUGUGGGGUGAAUCAGUGCCUGAGGAUGUCCAAGCGGAGUUUAUUUGUUCGCCUGGUGCCGUGCCGCUGCUUGCGGGGUGAGGAGGAGAUAGUAACAUCGCUGGACUACUCCCACUGCAGCCUGGAGACUGUUCCUAAGGAGAUCUUUAGCUUUGAGAAGACCCUGCAGGAACUCUACCUCGAUGCCAACCAGAUUGAGGAACUGCCCAAACAACUGUUUAACUGCCAGUUACUCCAUCGACUGAGCAUGCCAGAUAAUGACCUAACAGUGUUGCCUGCAACGAUCGCAAACCUCAUCAAUCUCAGGGAGCUUGAUGUCAGCAAAAACAGUAUUCAAGAGUUUCCUGAAAACAUAAAGAAUUGCAAAACCCUAGCGAUCGUAGAAGCCAGCGUGAAUCCCAUAUCAAAGCUCCCUGAAGGCUUCACCCAGCUUCUAAGUCUGACUCAGCUCUACCUGAAUGAUGCCUUCCUGGAGUUCCUACCAGCCAGCUUUGGGAGGUUGACUAAACUUCAAAUAUUGGAACUGAGGGAGAACCAAUUAAAGAUGCUGCCAAAGAGCAUGCAGAAGCUCACACAGCUGGAGAGAUUGGACCUGGGGAGUAAUGAGUUUGCUGAAGUGCCUGAGGUGCUGGAGCAGCUGACUGGACUCAAAGAGCUGUGGAUGGACGGGAACAAACUAACGUUUUUACCUGGGAUGCUAGGAAUGCUGAAACAGCUGGUGUACCUGGAUGUGUCCAAAAACACCCUGGAGAUGGUGGAUGAGCAAAUAUGUGGCUGUGAGAGUCUGCAGGACCUCCUGCUCUCCAACAAUGCGCUCACACAGCUGCCUGGCUCCAUUGGCUCACUGAAGAAACUGACUGCACUGAAGGUGGAUGAGAACCAGCUGAUGUACUUGCCAGACUCUGUUGGAGGGUUGACGGCACUCGACGAGCUGGACUGCAGUUUCAAUGAGAUUGAAGCUCUGCCCACGACCGUUGGCCAGUGUGUCAACAUCCGCACCUUUGCAGCAGAUCACAACUUUCUGUCCCAGCUUCCCACUGAGAUGGGAAACUGGAAAAAUGCAACUGUGCUGUUCCUGCAUUCCAACAAGCUGGAGUCUUUGCCUGAGGAGAUGGGUGACAUGGAGAAUCUCAAAGUCAUCAAUCUCAGCAACAACAAAUUGAAGAAUCUUCCCUACAGUUUUACUAAACUAAACCAGAUGACUGCGAUGUGGCUGUCUGAAAAUCAGUCAAAGCCCCUGAUCCCACUCCAGAAAGAGGAAGAUCCAGAGACGCACAAAACUGUCCUGACUAACUACAUGUUCCCCCAGCAAACCAGAACCGAGGACUACAUUCCUAACUCGGACUCUGAGAGUUUUAACCCGACUCUGUGGGAGGAGCAGCGCAAACACCGAGCUCAGGUGGCUUUUGAGUGUGACGAGGACAAAGAUGAGAGAGAAACGCCUCCAAGGGAGGGCAAUUUGAAGCGCUACCCCACACCGUACCCGGAUGAGCUGAAGAACAUGGUGAAGACGGCCCAGUCUGUGGCCCACAGGCUGAAGGAGGACGAGUCAGGUGACGAGUCUGGAAAGGCUCUAAAACUGAAUGAGAGGAACCACGUUGGAGUGCAGGACAUAGGAGUUAAGGUUAUCGAGACCCCCUGUCUCAAUGGCACAGCCUCAUACGUGGAGCCCCAAAUAUCUCUCCAGAAUUCCUCCCUUUCAGAAUCAAAAGACACUUCUGAGAGUUACAGCUCUCAGAAAGUCCUUCUUAAGUCUUCAGAGGGCUCAAUGUUGAACCACGAGGACACGCUGGAGGAAUCUGAGGAGCUGUCAGAUGAAGAGGAGAUGAAAAUUGCAGAAAUGAGGCCUCCUCUUAUUGAGAUCUCUAUCAACCAACCUAAAGUAGUGACUUUAAGUAAGGAUAAAAAAGAUGAUGCAGACUCUUUGCUGGAUGAUACAGUGGCCAACAGCAACCAGAACAACAGCAACUGUUCGUCUCCAUCACGCAUGUCUGACUCGGUAUCUCUGACGACGGACAGCAGUCAGGACAACUCUCUGUGCACCCCUGAGAGGGAGGCAAAGAUGCCCUUCCUACCAAAAAGCCGGCAAGAAGAUGAGAAUAUGAACCAGCCCAAAGACACCACUCCUCUCCUCCAUAAUGGUAAUGGCUCGGAAACAUCUAUUCAGGCCCUUUUAAAAUCACAGCGGUCCCCACCAGGGAAGCUGGGUGAUUAUGACCUGACCAUGGAAGCCAGGCUGGCCUUCAUUGAGAAGGGGAUUAAUAAUGGCAUAGGAGACACCUACACCAAAUGGGACCAGAUCAAUAUGAAUGUGGCCAAGCUGCCAGCUGACAAUAUGGUUCAGUUCGACGAGCUGGACAGAGCCAAGAAUGGUUCAGUAACCCACAGGGACUUGGACAGCAAGCAGGGUUUUAGCAAUGACAACAUGGAGCAUUUACAAAAUGGAAACCAGCAGGUCAGUGACUGCAUCAAUAGUCUGGGGAACAAAAGCCAAGCGGUGAGAGUGGAGACAUCUGCUGUGCAUGUGGCUUCGACAGGCAUAACAGCCAACAGUGACAUGUCUCUGUCCCGCAGCACAGAGGAACUGUCUCCAGAGAAAAGGUGCCAUCCCCCACAGGUGAUGAAGUCACACAGUGUCAGUAACAUAGAGAGCGGGGGCAUGAGGCUGUAUUCCUUUGACUGCGAUGAGUCGUAUGACACGGCAGCGGUGACCAGGAUGGCAGGGGCCGGCCCUGGGCCAGGAGCUCAGGGUCAGAGCAUAGUCAGGAGCAAGUCGGCCAGUCAGCUACUCAACGACCAGGCUCUCCAGGUGCACCCCGGCUCCUCGGCGUCGUCGUCAGAUCUGCUCUCGAGCUCUAAGCCUCCUGUCAGCACCAGCAGAUAUCCGGUCUCCUCCAGCAUGGCUAUGGGCAUCCCUCCACCUCAGUAUAACAUACAGUACACAAGCACUGCCAUGCCAAAAGAUGCGCUCUGGGCUCAGAGGACGCCUGUUCCCCCAGAACAACAAGGCUACCUCCCUCCUCCUCCACACUCGCUAGCCAACACCAACUACUCCAACCGUAAUCAGGCGCCUCCUUACCCUCUGCAGCCCCAACAGAGAGGGCCCACAAUGGCUCCCAAACCCUCUGAGGACAUGUGGGCUAAGACUGGUGGUCAGCCCAGAAGCAGCACCCUACAAAGGCAAAGCAGCACCACGUCCACAGCCUCCAUGGGCAACCCGAGGCGUAUGCCUGACGGGGACUACAUGACCUACCGAGACAUUCACACCCUUGCUAGGGGGCCGCUGGCGAUGAGCCAGGCCAUGCAGAGGCCCCUCUCAGCCCGCACCUACAGCAUCGAUGUGCCCGGAGCUUCCAGGCCCGUCAGCGCCAGACCGCAGCCCCAUGAGCUUCCGGAGAGGACCAUGUCCGUCAGUGACUUUAACUACCAGCACAGUAGCCCCAGCAAGAGGCCCAACACCAGGGUGAAGUCUGAGCACUCACUGCUGGACGGGCCGGGACAGAUGCCGGGGGGAGUGGGAACAGGAAGGGUGCCAGCGGACUGGAGGGACCAGGUGAUGCGGCACAUAGAGGCCAAGAAAAUGGAGAAGAACGCGCUGUCUCGCUCCUAUAAUUCCAAUAAUGCUCCACUGAGCUGGUCUCACUACGGCAGCUGUAGGGAUAUGCAUGCCAGCCAAGGGUCUCUGGUCUUUAGCGCCAGAGACAGGCAGCCCUACGGAGCUCUGGGCUUCUGCGAUGAUGUGUUUGGACCGGGGCCGCAGAGCUACACUAUGGACCCCCACAGAAAAGUGCCUUUGAUGAAUGGUCAGAUGGGCCCUUCCGUUCGUCCCCAGAUCAGCCAGACACCCAUCGUCCGCCACCCUUCUAGGGAGCAGCUCAUCGAUUACCUGAUGCUCAAAGUCUCCCAGCAGCCCCAGGGGCCUCCACGAUUUCCCCAGGACACGGUGCAGCAAGAGAUCCGCGUGAAAGUGGAGAAGAAUCCAGAGCUGGGUUUCAGUAUAUCAGGAGGAGUGGGAGGCCGGGGAAACCCCUUUCGUCCAGAUGACAAUGGGAUAUUUGUGACAAGAGUUCAACCUGAGGGACCAGCAUCCAAGAUUCUUCAGCCUGGAGAUAAAAUUAUUCAGGCAAAUGGGUACAGCUUUGUGAAUAUCGAUCAUGGGUAUGCGGUGUCCCUCCUGAAGACCUUUCCCAACACUGUGGAUAUGAUUAUCAUAAGAGAAAUGCAAGCAUAGACUGGCCAGAAAUGGGACCUCUUAAGUGGGAGGGUGGGGAGGCACAAACGAAGAGACGGACAGAGACGCUGAUGCUGACUCUUGUAUUUUUUAUACACAGAAGAGACUGUCGGUCCUUGUUGGGACAGAUCUUAAGAACGUUGCUUAAACGAGGAAAACCACUGAAUGUAGUGGAUCAAAGUGAGCCCGUGGCAAACAUCUGCAAGUACGAGUCCUCAAAAGGCCAUCACUGUGGUAUAUAUAUUUUUAUACAAAAGAAGGUGAAGGUGAUUUGAGUUGAUGCAAAUAAUUACUGUGGUCUCUGUACAGAUCAUCUUUUUUAAGUCCAAUACUCAUACACAUCCUUUUGUCAUGAACUAGGUUUUAUUUCUGUGGAUUGACAGGAAUUGACCACUAGGGGGCAGGGCUCCCGCUUGUUUUGUUUUGUUUCGCCAUCCCCGGCCUUUUUUAAACUUUUUGUAUUUAAGAUGUUGAAACCAUUUCCUGGUCAGCCGUGAGAUCUUAUGUGGAGGACAGUGUUAUGUGCAUUUCACGUGGAGACGAAUGUAGAUCAAGGUGGCUUUUGAGAUUUUUGUUUUCUCUUUUUCAUCCUCGCACGAGACCAUGAACACCUGGAAAAGAGAUGAGGAUCCACUCCUGCUUCCGUAAGCCUAUGAGCAUCCUCCAGCUUCUGUCCUCACGUCAGCCCAAAUAGACGCACAGCAGCUGACGGUUUGCUCACCGUUUUCAGUUGUGAGAUACAGGAGUCCGAUGUUGAAAAAAAAUGCACUCUGCAUGUGAACAUUUAAUGAAACUGGUACAAGGAAUGGAGAUUCAGAAAUGAGAGUAGAGAUGUAGCAAGUCUGUUUUUUGCUCAGCCUUAAUCUGUUUUAGGUCAUAAGGAGUCAAAUUAAGCUACAAUUAACAUUUGUUUAGGCUACAAACUGUGGGAGAAGGUAUUGUUCUGAUGGCUCCAACUGGACCGUAAUCCUCAUACUAACACCUUUUAAAGUCCACUAGUUAAAGUGUUGAGCUACUUUUUAUUAUCCAUUGUAUUAAUCUUCCUUCUUUCCCAAAUCAGAAACAGUCAUGGCAGUUAUGCUAGUUAACCAAAGUAAGUUUGGAAAAGUGGACAGACAGCACCUGUAGGAAAUUACUAAAGAAGGUUUCUGAAUAAGAGCAGGUCAGCGUCAACACGACUAAAGCAGCCGCUGGUGAGAUUAGUGUUUGUACUGCAAGGGUUUCAACAUCUGUUAGUCUUUUGUUUUCUUUUACAUGGGAGACGACCACCGUUUGCCUUUCACGUCUAUUUCAAACGUUUUCUCGUUCUUUUAGCAGCAACUCAUCAUUUGGAGCUCGGUCUGUCGUCGUCGUCGUCGUCGUUAGGUCGCUGUACAGAGUAGCGUCGCGAGAAGCAAGCUGUCAAGUGCCAUAGACCUUGAACUGUUUGACAGGGGAGGAGACGUUGACCCCGGAACACAAGCAAUACUCAACACUCACACAUCCACAACCUGAGUACAUGUGCAGCAGAACGGCUUCCAAGCAAUAUUUAAAGCCUUUAUUUUGUUCCAGAAAAGCAACAUCAAAUAGCAUUUUUAACAGACACGGUUUUAGUAAUCCCUGGUGAUUUUACAUGAUUUUUAUAUGGUGAAAUGCAUUUUUUUGUAAUGGAAUACUCUAGUACUAAAACCAAUUUCUCUGCAUUGUGUACAAGUGAAUGUGCGUGUCACUGUGCCCGCAGCAUUUUACCAUGCCUUGCGUAGAAUAUCGUCCACUCCUGACGUUCAUUUGUAAAAGACACCAGUCCAAGCAGAAAAAAAAACGUUUUCCACGUAGCCUGUUGAUAAUUACUCACUGUUUAGCCAGACGUGUUUCCACGACCAAUGGAAAUGAUCAGUUUCACACAUGAACUAUACAAAGGCCCCGUUGAGUGUUGACUGUAUUUACGUCCAGUGAAUUCUUCUUACGAUACAGUAAUGUUUUAUCCAACAGUGUCUGAACAAAUGUUGUUCCCUCCAUUUGGGUCCAGUACGUAGUUUAAUCCGUAUCUUAUGCUUGUGGCACUGUUGAACCAAAAUGAAAACACUGUGGUAAUAACAUUUUUUAUUAUUUUAAUAAUAUUACAGUGCUGUUUAAAAUGAAGUUGGGGACUAAAACAGAAUCUUAAAUUGGUCAAUUUUCUUCACAGGCAAAUAAUAUAAUGUAGAUUUUCAAAAAGAUGUUCACAUAACAUAUUUUACACAGAUGAAUUUUUUUUUAGUCUUUAUUUCAUCAGUGAUUUUUGUUGACUUUCUAAUAGUAGGGAGAAAUAUUACUUGGUUAAUGGUGACUUUAUAGUCAUACAAUAAAAAGUACAGUCUGACAUUGCAGACAAUCUAGCGAGUUAAACCCAUGUCCUCACACGUUGCUCAUCCAUCGGUCUGUUUGUUCUGCUCCUGUAUUCUUAUUUAUUUAGCAGUCUUCUGUGGAGUUUUAGACCUUACUAAUCAAAUUGUAAAUACUAAAAAAUUGCGAAAAGAAUUAAUGGCAUUAGUGACUCGCGAUUGUAAAACCAGCAAUAAAUUGUGAUGCAGAGGCGCCCGUUUUAAUGUAAAGCUAGUAUUUCUAAGGUUUCUCCUGAAACAGUCACAGUGAAAUGAUGAUUCAAGUUCAACAUUCCAGAUUUUGUACAUAAUCACCUGUUUCUGAAGUAACCUGUGGAAAAUAAACUAAUGUUCCUUAACAAA